UAAAUACUGCGUAAUUAACGACAUUGCCGCCAUUUUUAUUCAUGAGUCGUCAAUCAUCUACUUUUGUUUUUCUAUUUCAGUCAUUCAGUGUUUCAAAAGUUAUAAAACGUUAUUGAAAUUUAAUAAUCACUGCAUAUCAAGAUUUGGCGUUUGGAAUUAUUAUCAGUACGGUCGGCCGCAUUUGAUUGCUUCGAAGUAUAGAGAGGAGUAAAGCAGGCUGAAAAUGAAACGCGAAGCAUACAACGACGACGGACCCUCACAGAAGCGUCACCGGCACAAUGAUGAAGAGGUCACCUUCCUUAUACCCAGUAAGGUGGCUGGCUCGAUCAUUGGUAAAGGUGGAUCGAAUAUAUCAAAGCUGAGGAGUCAGUUCAAAGCCUCUAUAACAGUCCCAGAUUGCCACGGCCCGGAACGAGUACUCACCAUCACGGCGGGUGAUGUUGAAACAAUACUGGAUAUUGUCCGAGAGAUUGUACCCAAUUUGAAUGAUACAUACAGAAGUGGGAACGAGGAGUUGGAUAUUCGUCUUCUGAUACACCAGAGCCGAGCUGGGUGUGUGAUCGGGAAAGCUGGCUCCAAGAUCAAGGAGCUGAGGGAGAAAACCGGCGCUCGUCUGAAGAUAUUCUCUAACCAGGCGCCGCAGAGCACUGAGCGUGUGGUGCAGCUCAUCGGCGACAAGGACGCCAUCUGCGCCGGCAUCCGGGAGGUGCUGGAACUCAUCCGGCAGGUGCCGAUACGAGGGCCCGUGAUUAACUACGACCCGCACAACUACGACGAUUAUUACUCGAAGGAGUAUGGCGGCUUCGGACACUUGCAGGAGGGAGGUCGCGGACCUCGCGGGCCCGAGGGCCCGAGGGGCAGGUCGAUGGGGCCGUCGGGUCCUAGCAACCGGGGCCCUCCACGCGGAGGCCCGCCCAUGUCGCGCAACGGGCCGCCGCCGAGGCCCUUCAAUGAUUUCAAUAACUCUGGACCACGAGGCAACUUCGGCCCUCCUCGCGGUGGCAACUUUGGUAGCGGGGGCAAUUUCGGAGGCCGCGGGGGAGGAAACUUUAAUAGCAAUAGUGGCAGCCAGCAAGAGACUACCACACAAGUGACUAUUCCGAAGGAUCUGGCGGGCGCUAUAAUCGGCAAGGCGGGCUCUCGCAUCCGCAAGAUCCGCGCGGAGAGCGGCGCCUCCAUCGAGAUCGCGGAGCCGCUGCCGGGAGCCAGCGACCGCGUCAUCACCAUCAGCGGCACGCCGCACCGCAUCCAGAUGGCGCAGUACCUGCUGCAGCAGAGAAUGUUUCAAGAGUUCCCCGAUUUGGCCGCAAACAAAAAUAAGCAUAAGUAAACAUUUGAGUGUUCACGAGAGCAACCCUUCGAUUGGACGCGGCAAGUUCUGAACACCUCAACAGGUCACUUUCCUUCGCAUGGAUGUAAAGUUCACCUUACACCCACCACACAACACAGCAUCAACUUUUAAAUUUCUUAGUAUCUAAGUUGAAACAUCAGAAAAUAAUAUUUUUUUUGAAUUAAUUUGUUUGGUUUAUAUUAGUAUCGAAUCAUGUUAUUUUGUUAACUACUAAACCCCCCAAUAAUAUCGUCGUUUUAAGAUGUUGUUGUAUCUGAUGCAGGUUGUAAAUGUUUUAUGUAAUAAUAAUAAUUAUAGGCAUUUAUAGAAAUAAAUUCAUGUUGUAAGUUUAAUAACGAUUUUGAUUUACCGUUGUGUUACAUCGAUUUGUGUAAGUGAUAGAAUAUGGAUAUCAAAUAAAUAGUAUAUUUUAUGAA